AUGUCCACUUGGAUUCGAGAAGAUGCGAAAAGAAAGAAAUCAUGGAUUCAAAGUUUGUGUGAGAGUGUUUUGAAGAGCGGCUACGUGCCCAAACAUGUGGCAGUCAUCAUGGAUGGCAACAGAAGAUAUGCAGAUAAAAAUAAUUACAAGAGAUCAGUGGGGCAUCUGCUUGGCUUCAAUAAAGUCACUGAAACAUUGGAGUGGUGCAUGGGACUAGGCAUUAACGAAGUUACACUCUAUGCUUUCAGUUUAGAAAAUUUCAAAAGAUCAAAAGAAGAAAUUGAUGGCCUCAUGGAGUUAGCUCGUCAAAAGUUUACAGCUCUCCUAGCUGAGAAGGAAUUGAUUAGCAAGCACGGAUUGUGUUUAAGAAUAAUUGGAAACAUGGAUUACUUACCCAUCGACAUACAGCAACUUUUUGCAGAGGGCAUUCAUUCCACCAAGGAUAACAACAAAGCAUUUUUGAACAUAUGCUGCGCUUACACGUCAAGAGAAGAGAUGACAAACACCAUGGUGCAGAUUGUUCGAGGUGUUUCUAAAGGCCUUAUCAAACAAUCUGACAUUGAUGAAGAUUUAUUCGAGAAAUGUUUGUACACGCGACAUUCCACGGAGCCCGAUCUUGUCAUCAGAACUUCUGGAGAAGUCAGGUUGAGUGACUUUCUGCUCUGGCAAAGUUCCUAUUCGUUUUUAUCUUUCACAAAAGUCCUGUGGCCAGAGUACUCCUGGUGCCAUUUCUAUUCCGGCAUCUAUUACUUCCAGAGGAACUAUCAAGCUAUUAAAGUUGGUUGGCUGGUUGGUUGGUUGUCUAGUCGAUUGAUUGGUUGGUUGUCUGGCUGA